GAUGGGCGUCUUUACGAACGCUUCCAUUCCGCUCGGUCGCUUGUAUGGACCGAUACCAACGUCGAUCAUGCUCACGGAUCCUGCUUCCCUUAUCGGUCAUAUGACAAUGGAUAGACGUCUAAAUAUUCACACUGUAACAGUAGGCAAUUUUCAGCUUAAUAUCGACGAAUUUGCCGAAGGCGUUCAGGCUAUCGAAUGGGUUCCCUAUGUGCAGGCAGCUAGGGAUGAUAAAGAGCAAAAUAUGGAGGCAUAUGUGAAGAAUAACUCAUUAUAUUUUAGAACUAUUAAAAGGAUUGAAGCAAAUGACGAAUUGUUAGUGUGGUUUAGUGAGGAAUACGCCAAACAAUUAAAUAUUCCGAAAAUAGAAGAAGGCUCACGUCUGGAGUGUGCGCUCUGUUCGAGCAAGUUCGAGUACCCUUAUUCCUACCGAUCGCACGUCAAAUUUAAGUGUCAGGCUUCGGCGAAGAAAAAGAACGUUGUUCCCCCGGCAUCUCCUUCUCCACCGAAUAACGCCGUCACUCCUAAGCCGCCUUUAGCACCUUCAAAUGCGACACCCAUACUACCGGCCACGUUACCAAUGCAGACGCCCAUGGGUGUUGAGAACACUCAAAUCUUACAUGCUGUUAGUGGAAUGCUAAAAACUAACAAUCCUAUGGUAGAAAAGAUCCUCUCAUGCGCCUCUUUACCACCUGCUCCAGCGCCAUCUGCCGCCGUAUCUAUGCAAACGCCGCUCAAUCAGAAUUGGUGCGCUAAGUGUAACGCCACAUUCCGUAUGACGUCCGACUUGGUCUAUCAUAUGCGAACGCAUCACAAACGAGAAACCAGGUCACCCGUCUCAUCUGCCGCGGCUCAACGAAUUCGCCGCGAAGAGAAAUUGCAUUGUUCGAUUUGUGGUGAAGGAUUUCGCGAACGUCAUCAUCUUACCAGACAUAUGACGUCACAUAUUUGA